GGCGCUGGACCCCCCUACGUCAUGCUGGUUCCUAAAUCUAUAUAUUAGUGUGGUGUCCUGAGAACUAAUACAGAACCACUUGGCUAAACCUGGUGUUCUUGUCGUUAGGGUUUUUAUUUCAAAGAAGGGAAGAUUCAUUUACUGUUGAGUUUUUGGACUUGUUUGAUUUCUUAUUUUGGACAAAGAGAAGCAUACAUGACAAGAUGGUAGAAUUUGCUGAAGUUGAGAACCUUGAAUUUAAGUGGGGUAAAAAGAGAGGACUUGGUGGAAAAAAGAAAGAUGUUCGAUUUUAUGAAUCUUUUACAUAUGAUGGUGUGGAAUAUGCUCUCUAUGAUUGUGUAUAUAUGUACAAGGAAGGGGAACUUGAGCCUUAUAUUGGUAAACUUAUAAAGAUAUGGGAGAACGCUGAUAAGACAAAGAGAGUAAAGGUUCUUUGGUUUUUCCGUCCUUGUGAGAUUUCAAAUUUUCUUGGUAAUGAACGGGUACCUGAGAAUGAAUUAUUUCUGGCAUGUGGUGAAGGUGCAGGCCUUGCUAAUGUCAAUCCUCUGGAAGCAAUUUCUGGAAAAUGCAAGGUUGUUUGCAUUUCAAAGGAUGACAGAAAUCCACAACCAUCAGCUGAAGAACUUCAAAUGAGUGACUUUGUCUUUUAUCGGACAUUUCAUGUUAAGCACUGUAAAAUCUUUGAUACGAUUGAUGAAAUGAUUGCUGGGAUUGAAGUGAAGUUUAUAUUUAACCGACUGGGUUCUCAAAAAUCUAGUGGUGAUAUGAAACUUGAUUCAGAAAAGAAGCAUGUUGCUGUAGCUAGUGAAGAGGUAGUGAUUUCAGCUGAGCAAAGAAUGCAUGAGGAACAUGCAACUGAAGAAACAAAGGGAAAGCCAACUUCUUGUGUAGAUUUAGAGCCAGGUGAAAGGGGUAAAAUGAAAAUAAAAGAAGAUGCAUCAUUGUCGAAUACUUCACUGGAUAAACAAAGAUCUUUGCUUGGAAAAAAGUCUGUCUCCUCUGUACACAUAGAUUGCAGUGAAGCGGCAAGUGCUACAAACAAGGUGGAAAAGGUUGUGUCUGGAGUUGGUGUACAAACAGGCAAAAUGUCUAGAGCUGAUGAGGCACGAGCAAGUGACAAGACCAGUACAAAAUUUGAAAAGAAGGAGACUAAAAGUGGUAGGGUUAGUGAUAUUGAAUUUAAAGAAAAAGUAAAUUCUACUAAGGAUCCUAGUGAUUUGGAUAAUAGGCCAUCGAAAAAAAUGAAGCUAGACAGUUCUGUUAAAAUAUUUGAUGAUAAGUACAAGAAUGGUGCACAUAAGUUACGCGUUGAUUUUGAUGGGACUGAUGCAAAGGAUACAGUAUCUGCUACCACCAAUGAAGAUAAAUCUAAGUUUAAACUUGCAACAGCAAAGGAUUCUCAUGAGAUAGAAAAGGAUCCUUCCAAGAAACGAAAAGGUGAUGCAAAGCUUCUAAAACCUACUAAUGACAAUUUGCCUAAAGCAUCUUCAAUGCAAAUGGUAGGAAAUGAAAGAGAUAACCAAGCAUGGGAGGUUACCCGACGACCAAAUCUGGAUAGGAACAAAUGGUUUAGGGAACUUCCAUGGGAAGAAAAAAUGCGGCGUGCACAUGAUCAAGGAACACUUGUCUUGCUUGGGAAUUUGGACCCAUCUUACACAUCAUCAGAAGUUGAGGACAUAAUUUGGCAUGCCUUCAAGGAAAAUUGCUCAGCAAAAAUGCUUCCCAGGUUUCUUUUUUCUUCACCACACUCAGGUCAAGCUUAUGUUAUAUUCAAAACGAGAGAGGCGACAGAGAUGGUUGUUUCAAAAUUAGAUGAGCAAUGCUUGUUGCUAUCAAAUGGGAGGCCUCUUUUGGGCUGCUUUCGAACUCCUUGCUUUACAGGAAAGCAGUCAACAUUCUUUGGCCAUCUUGUUAUUGAUAAACUUAAACUCCAGAUGCAACGGGAUAUGAGAGAAGCUGUGGCCACUUCACAUUGUUCUCAGCCUAAUACACUGGAAUAUGAUAUGGCCUUGGAGUGGUCCUUGCUGCAAGAAAGAUCAGACUCUGCUUGGGGAAAGUUGCAUGAGCAACAAGGUUGGGAGCUGAGAAAACUCAAGGCUAAGUUCAAGCCUAAAUGACCCAUGUGCUUUUACAUUUCCUCGAUUUGUAGCUCAUCUUUGGUGAAUUGAAGUGAAUUAGAGUAAAAGCCUUUUUCCUACUUCUGAAGCACACAACUGAGGUGAUAGUUUUUCUGCUCAUGGGUUAAAGCCAUCUGAUUAUUAUACUGAAGUGGAUGAAACAGAGACAUUGCCAUUACAGAGCUCGUAAACCACUCAAAUUUUUUACCAUGCAUGUGUACAAUAUGGGGAUGGGCUUCAAGGGUAAAGUGGGACAUGUAAAUGAUUUGUGUUAGAUUGAUUUUGUAAAUAUGACCAUCAUUUUUAGGAACGGAUUGCUUUAUCAUCCAUGGCCAUUAAAGCUAGUUUUGAGUACUUAAUUAGAUAUAUAGAUGACGUAUCAUCAUGUGAUUGGGUAUUA